AUGCACAGAUGUAUGAAAGUUCAUCGGAGUUCAAGACUUCAUAAAUCGAGAAAUCUUUUACUCCUUACAAUCGAUAUAAUCAGCAUUUUGCCAUAUUACGAAAUUUAUUGCAUUUUACUUAGAACUUCGAUUGGGCCAAGUUAUUCACCGGGAGCUGAUUAUUUCAAAUUAAAAGUUUUAUUACGGCUUCAAUACGUGGGUUAUUUGUAUUUUAUAUUGAGGAAUCAACCAACUGGUAACCAAUUGGUUGUGGUUGUUCUUGGUCAGAUGUACUUCUUUAUCGUUUUUGUAAUGAUAAUGGCAAGUGUGUGGUAUACUCUUAAAGAUGUUUUGGCGAAAUCGUGGGAGUUAAAUUUGGGUAAUUACCAUUUUGACAAUAAAAAUCCCGUGCAUUGGUUAAUUAUUUGUAUAAAUAUAAUCGGGUGUUGCUUCAUGCAUAAUUGGGCCGGAAAUAUAGCAAAUGAAAGCAUUUAUGAUUAUCUCGCUCAAAAUAUAACAAUGAUGGUGGGAUAUUUAUUACAUAUGAUGAUAUUUUUUGGCGAUUUAACCGCUCAAUACAUAAGAAUGUUUAAACAACAAAUCGGAUUUUCAUCGAGAUUAAAUAUUAUAGUUGGUACAUUAAACGAUUGGAAAAUAAAUGCUCCAACAAUUAAACGAACUAUAGAUCAUUACAACAAAUUUUGGGAAGUUCGACGAUCGAUGAUAACGAUCCCCACAAUAUUCAAAGUACUUCCGUUAGCUUUACAAAAAGAAGUAACUUUAGACAUGUUUUGGGAAAGCUUAGAUCAUUCGCAUUUUUUUAAAGACGCCGAUUUCAACUUCAAACGUUCGCUUUGCUUAGGAAUGCAACCAGAAAUUUAUUUACCCGGCGACGUUUUGGUACAAAGAGGUCGCUUAAAAACGAAAAUGUUUUACGUUUCAGCCGGAGUAAUACAAGUUUUAACCCAAAAUGAGAAUUCGCCGAUGAUUUCGUUUUCAAGCGGAACGAUAAUUGGCGAAAUUUGCAGCUUAUUACCGUUACAAAGUCCGGUAACGAUUCGGUGUCAAACUUAUUGCGAAAUUUCUUCGCUAGAUUUCAGAAAUUUAUCCCGAACUAUUGCGCAGUAUAAAAAAUCGGCUUUGUCAUUAAGAAAAUGCAUGAAACGUAGAAUCGCUCACGCCCGAUUAUUACAAGACCCGAAAUUAUUAAAAAUAAGAAGUCGACAAGGAAUAACAACGUUACAUUGGUUUAAAUUACAUUGGGACCUUAUAUUACAAAACACAAAAAUGCGCAAACACAAAGAUUUUAUGGCUUACAUGCAAAAUCCGGCCCACACAUCGAUAUAUUUAGAUCUAUACGUUUUGAGUGACGACGUCGAAUUAAAAGUGGACGUGAUUUGUUUAACAUCGCAUUUCCCUUGUAUUUUAGAUGAAAAUAGUAGUUUUAGGAAAUUCUCGUUUUAUCUCGUUUUAAUCGCGGCUACGAUUCAAUGCAUUUUGGUGCCAUAUUUAGUAUUUUUUGCCAAAGAAUUUUCGAUAGCGAGUAGCGGGGCUUUGUAUAUUUUGGAUAUAUUUUACAUUUAUGGUUUAUACAUCGAAUUAACAACGGCUAUAAGAAAAGAUCAGCGGGUUAUAACCGGUUGUAAAAAAAUCGUUUUGCACAAAUUGAAAAAAGUUUCAACGAUGCUCGAUAUUGUUUCCUCAUUUCCCAUUGAACUAUUUGCUGCCAUGGUUAAAACGAACAGUGAGUUGAUGCCUAAAUUGCAUUUAAAUCGAGUUUUAAAGGUGCAAAGAUUGUUUACUGCGAUGCAACUGGCCGAAAGAAAUUUAUGGUUGAAUCCGCUAAGAUUAAAAUUGUUUCGGUACUGUUUAAUUACGGUUUAUUUGAUUUAUUUGGCAAGUGCGAUUUUGUACGCGGCGGCUUGCCCUUUGGAUUGUUUGAGGUAUGGUUGGUAUAAAUACAACAGCUUUUUAGAAGAACAACAAUACAAUAUUAUAAUCCCUGAAAAAUAUCAGCCAAGUCCAUUUUUAAGUAGCCUAUCUUACGCGGUGUCGAUAUUUAUGAGUCUCACGGAUAGUAUGUAUAUUUCUUAUGUUGCUUUGGAGAUGGCUUGCGAGGUUGUGGUCAGUUUUAUUGGGUAUUGGGUGCAUAGUUUUACAUUUUCCGAAUUAGCCGCUUGUGCUGUUGUUCAAAUGAUGCAAAACACGAAUUAUUUGGAGUACUUAACAAGGAUUAGAUAUUUCAUUGGUUUGUAUGAAAUUCCUUCUGACAUAAAAAAAAUGAUUUAUAGUUUCACUCAAUGCCAUUGGGAUUACUCCCAACGAUUAGAAUUAGCCGGAUCUAGAGGAUUUUUAAACGACGCCCCAGAAAAUAUAAAGAACUCCGUUUUAUACGCUAGAAUAAUCGACACAUUAAAUAAAUCGGUUUUGUUUAAAUACAUAACCGAAGAAGUUUUAUGGAACAUCGCCCCAACAAUUCGCCUUCACAUCGCCCCACCUGGAACUGUUUUAUGUCGAGAAUUAUCGCACGCAUCUCACAUACAAAUUAUUUUACGAGGAUAUGCUCGCGGUGAAUCAACAAUCCCCACAGAUGAAUAUCACGGGUUAUCAACAAUUCUUAAACCACACGAUGUUUUUCCUUUAUUAGGAUUAACACUUGGAGUUAGAACGUUUAUUAAAAUAACCGCGAUUACUUACGUUGAAGUAGCCGUAAUUCCAUACAACAAAAUUUUGGCUCAAUUAAAAAAUACUAACAUGAUGUUGUAUAAACAUUACAUUCGAUCGCUUGAAGAUCAUCGAAAAUCUUACGAUAUGAUUUUGAUGAGAAGAAAAGGAAGAUUACCCGAAAUGGUGUCUUCUAAAAAAUCUUACGGUAAAGGGGAAUACUUCGUGUACGAAACGAACGAAAAAUUCGAUGACAGCCCAAUUGAUCUAAACGUAAUGGGACCUUAUUUGAAAUUAGGAAAAUGGAAAUGUAUCAGAUACUUUUUUUUGCCACAAUCGAUCUCCCCCACGAAUAAAUUUUACACAAUCUGGGAAAGUAUUCGUUGCACAAUAAUCGGAUUAAACGUUUUAUACGUUUUCUUUUUAUACAAAUAUUGUAACGCAAUCAAAGUUUCGCAAUACUUCGAAUUGUUUUAUUUCACAAUAUUCAUAAUCGACACUUACCUCCGUAUGCAUUGCCAUUAUUACAACAAAAAUGGGAUUUUAAUUACUCAUCCUUUAUCGACAUCUUUGCAUUAUCUAACCCAUGCUUUUGCGUUAGAUUUAUACACAAAUGUUCCAUUUACCAUAGUAAAACUUAAUCAAUUAUUUCAUCGUGAUAUCGAAGCGUAUGUUUCUCAUUUUUUAAUGUUAUGUACAAGGCCAUGGGGAAUAUAUCGCAUUUAUUGCGGGAUUUCAUACAUUGAAGAAAGAUCUUUUGAAGUAAAAUCACAAAUGAUGAAUCGUCUAAAACAUAUUAUUGUUGUUUUGGUGAUAUUAGGAGUUUUAAGUUGUAUUUUAGAACACUCGACUUGUCGAUUUGAUAAAUUUGGUAAUUAUGCCUGCGCAAACAAUUCUUGGAUUGCUCAUUCGGAUUUUGGGAAAGAUGCAUCUCACACGAAUAUGAUCGUUGCUGCAUUUUAUCAAAUUGUAACGAUGUUUUCAUGUUCUAGUUCGGGAUUAUUUAUAAUGCGAACUUAUGGCGAAUUAAUUAUUUAUAAUUUUUUCGUCGCAUCUUUAGUAGGACUUCGAUGGUACAUUCUCUUAAAAAUAAUCGCACUUUCAAUUAAAGGAAACGUAAAGUUAGUUGAAUACCAACACAACGUAAACGUAAUGAUAAAAUUCAUGAGGGAUAAAUUAUUAACUGACACAAUAAUAAAAGAAGUAACCGAUCAUUACGAAAAUUUAUACACAAAAACUCAAGGGUGUGAUGCAAACGAGAUUUUAUCGACAUUCUUUCCAAUGAUGACGCGAGAAAUUGGUAAUUACAUGUAUAGAAAUAUGUUGAGUUCCGCACAAUUAUUCGCAGACGCGGAUGCGGCCGAUAUUCGAUUUCUAACCAGUUUAUGUAAAGAAGUUCAUUUUAAAAAGGACGCGGAUAUAAUCCGUUGUAAUCAAGUGCAAAACGAUAUCUACAUUGUUUAUAAAGGAUUGGUGAAAAUCUCCGUUGCCGAUAUGAAAUUGAAAAUUUUAGAAUCAGGCGGAAUGUUUGGUUGUUUUAAUAAAACGAAAAUAAGACAAACCAUAACUGCUACAGCGUUAGUUCACGUUGAAUUAUUGGUGAUGAAUGGGAAAAUCUUGUGCGAAAUUUUACAAAAAUAUCCUCAAAUUAAAACUAAUCUCAAAACUAUACAAAUGAUGAAUGUUGAGUUUAUUACGUCGGUUAAAAAGGCGACUAAGAAAUCUUUAAAGAAGUUUGUUAUUUCGCGUCCUGAUGACAAAACAAAUAUGAAAAAAGGAAAAAUGGAUAAAUUUAUGAUAAAUCCAUCGAGUAAAUGGUUCGGUUGGUACGAAUAUUUAUUAAUGAUGCACUUCGCACCUCUUAGUUCGAUAUUUACAAUCGCUUGGAUAAUCAUACAAGAUUUAAAACUCCGACAAAUUCUAACUCUAUAUUUUAUCGAUUUUAUAUUUUUAUCAAAAAUGGUAUUUUCGUUCUUUUUAACAUACACUGACCACGAAACCGGAUUGAGGGUAAAAUCUUUUCGGUUAAUAAUAAAAAGGUAUUUUUUAAAAUUCGAUGGUUUCGCCACCGACUUAAUAACAUGCGCACCAAUUGAUAUCGUCGCAUCUGCUUUCGGAUCCGCUUAUAUUACGCCGUAUUAUAAACAAUUUUACAUGUUAAAUCGAAGUCUAAAAUUCAUUCACAUGAUUAAUUAUUAUAACAUUUGCAAAAAUAAAUUAACGGUGAGCAAAUCGUUAAAAUGGACUUUCCUGGUUUACGUUUUAUCCCUUUUAAUACAUUUUAUGAGUUGUAUAUGGUUUGUAAUUGCAUGUCCGAGUCGUGUAUGUCCCAUAAUAACGAUAGAUCAAAAUGAGCAACAGAUACUUUCAGUGGAUGUUGGAUUAAAUUUUCGUGUUACAUAUCAAUACGUUAUCAGUACAUUUACAUCGACCGGAAUUCGAGAUCAAACACCGUCCACUGUAACUGAAUUACUUGUAACGGUUGUAAUGGUUUUUAUAUUUCAAAUACUUAUGAUUGCUUUACAAUCGGAAUUUGCCACAUUAUUAUCUGUUGGGAAAUAUACUGGGAAUCGUUUUGGGGAAAUGGCGGAAAAUUUAAGAAUAUAUUUGCAGAGUACCCACGUAUCAAUAUCAUUAAUUGAUAAAGUAAGUGUUUAUUUAUUACAAUUAUGGGUUGGUUAUUCUGGGCAUUGUAUCCCAGUGCUUAUUACGCAAGCACCUUAUUAUUUAAGACAAGACAUAAUGUUUCAAUUAUACGGAAACCAUCUAUUGAAUCACGUUUUAUUCGCUAAAACGCAUAUAGACUUUAUAAAGCAGUUGGUGACACAUAUGAAACUAGAAGUUUAUUUACCAGGACAAUAUAUAAUUCAAAAAGGGGAUGUGGACAACACAAUGUACUUUAUUGUUGAUGGAGAAGUUAGAGUGUGGAAGAGAUUAAUUGGUAGAAAGGAACAUCAAAAAGUUUUAAAAGCCGGUGCUAGUUUUGGCGUGAAACAGGGUUUUUUAAAAGAGGCUCAUGUAAAAUCUGUUGAAACGGUUGUUUCAAGUAAUAUUUUGUGUUUGAAUACAAACGAUUGGGAGUAUUUAAUGGAAUCAUUUCCAGCUUCAAAGGAAACGUUAUUUGAUGGAAUUAAGCAGUUAUUAAAUUAAUUUUCUUAUUAACUUAAUUUUUUAUUAAAUUUAUG